AUGCAUACGCCGUUUCGUGUCGCCGCCGCCGCCGUGCUCUGUUCAGCCACGCUGCUGCUAACAGCCGUCCUUGCCACCGACGCCAUAAACACCACCGCGCCGACGUCCUGCGACCCGGCGGCGUGCGGGGCCCUGCGGAUCGCCUACCCGUUCUGGCUCGCCGGCACGCACCUGCCGCAGUGCGGCUACCGGGCCUUCCAGGUCAGCUGCGACGGCAACGGCACGGCCUCCCUCAAGAACUCCCUCUGGACGUACCAGAUCCGGGAGAUCAAUUACGGGGACGACAACGGCACCUUCCGGAUCACCAACGCCCAGCUCGCCGACGGCACCUGCGACAUCGAGCUCCGCGUGAACGCCUCCUCCGACCUCGGCCUCGCGCCAUUCACCAUCAGCGCGGCUAACCGGCAGCUCUUCUACCUCUACAACUGCACCGACCAGCAGGCGCGGCCGCCACCGCCUACGUGGGCGCACGUGAACUGCGCCAACGGCCCGCUCAAUGACUCGUUCGCGUUCCUCGCCGACCGGUACAUGCCCGAAGACAAAUGGGGGGCGGUGCCGGGAAACUGCACGGUGUCGACGAUGCCGGUGCUGGGCUACCCAGGGGCGGCCGGAAAGGACUACCGGCGGCUGAUGAAGGAGGGGUUCCUUCUGGAAUACACGGUCGACGACUGUGCGGGGUGCGUGGACAGCGGAGGGCUUUGCCGGGUUAACACCGUCUACGACAUGUUAGAGUGUCACUGCCCCGACGGCGUGUCCGACUUCAUCAUCUGCGGCGGUCAGUGUCAAUUCAUCUCGGUUUUACCUCUUUUUAAUUUCCCUAGACCUGCUAAUUACCAUAGCUCUCAAGCUUCGGAAAUUAAUUAUCUCGCAUGCCAUUAUUAG